GUGGGGUGGCGGGGGGGUGGUGGAUUUUGUACAGUCGCAUUUCAAAGUCACUCUAUGACUGCCACUGGUGCUGCUGCUGCUGCCGCUCACCACUGAGGAAAUAUUCAUCUCCUCUUCCUCUUACACCACUUGACCUUUGACCUCUCUCCUUCUCUCCACCACCCCUGCCCCCCCCCCCCCCUCUUGCAGGUGAAGAACUAAGCUGACAUCGCGACCUCUUCCACUUGUCCCCACCCCCGGCGGAGCAGUCAGGCCAUCUGACUGACUGCCUCUCCCCUCUCCUCCCCACCCACCUCCUCCUCCUCCUCCUCCACCACCUCCUCUUCUUCUUCUGGUCCUCCUUCUCUCUUCUCCUCCUCCGCCCACGCUCUCCAUCGUUCUCCUCUUCUGCCACUCGGCCGCCAUGGACCUGAAAGACCGCCGGCAUCGUUCGCUCACCAGGGGGCGCUGCGCGGGCAAGGACCUACAGUUCACCUCGUCCUCGCUGGACAACGAGGAGUGCCGCGUGCCCACGCAGAAGUCCUACAGCUCCAGCGAGACGCUCAAGGCCUACGACCACGACUCCCACCUGCACUACGGUGGCUGUGUGUCCGACCUGGUGCACCAUGAGGCGGACGAGUACUCCAGACAAGGCAACUUCACUCUGGCUGAGCUGGGCAUCUGCGAGCCGGCCGCCCCCGCCCCCCGCCAGAGUGUCUACUGCUCGGACCUGGGCCUGCUGCAUCGCGGCUACUCGCUCAGUGCCGGCUCGGACGCCGACUCCGACCCGGAGGGGCCCAUCUCGCCGGAGCGCGCCAUCCAGCUUUGGAGCGCGGGGGGAGCCGGAGGCGUCAAGUCCCGCCGCAGCUCUGGCCUCUCCAGCCGCGAGAAUUCGGCCCUCACGCUCACCGACUCCGAGAAUGAGAACAAGUCUGACGACGAGUCAGGUAGGGGGAGAAGGACAACGUGUCGCCCCCUCCCUCCCUCGUCCGCGUCCUCCAGCCUGCUGCCCCCCGCCCCCUCUCCCCCGUCCGCCCCCCUGCACCCCGCGCCCCCGGUCAUCCGUGAGUGCCAGGUGCCCCUCCUGGACGGCAGCUCUGCCCGCGUCAUCCUGGAGUCGCACCCCGAUGACGAGAUGUCCGUCAAAUCCUACCUGUUGCGCUCGGCUCAGCCCCCCAGCGGAGUCCCUAACCAUCAGAGCCAGAGCACGCUGCGGCCCCCCCUGCCGCCCCCCCACAACCACCAGACACUCUCUCACCACCAGUCGUCUGCCAACUCCCUGAACCGCAACACGCUGGCCGGCCGGCGCAACCCCAUCCACGCGCCGCCCAGCGUCGCCCCCGGCGACGGCCCCACCACACCCGAGUCCGUGCAGCUCCAGGACAGCUGGGUGCUCAACAGCAACGUGCCGCUGGAGACCAGGUAA